GUCGCCUGAUAAGACUGUUAAGAGCUGCUCGUGUUUGCAAAUAAGCCUGUGUUUUUCCAGAAAUCUUUCAUGUUUGUUUCCAGAACAAAGUAUAAAAUCAACUUUUCUGUUUUUUAGUUAUGCAUUAUCGUAAUUUCCUCGUUCUUGCGCUGCUGAUUUAUACAGGAGAAUCCUCUGCGCCUGGUUCCCCAGAGCCGGUCCUGGCCUUUGUGAAUGGGGACGUCAUUCUGCCCUGCAGUUUCAGGUUUAAUCCCAGCAAUGACUUUCCAACGGUGGAGUGGUCCAAGAAAGGCCUGCAGCCAAACGUUAUCUUCUUGUACCGGGAUGGCUGUGAGACGUAUGAGAUGAAGAACCCGGCCUUCGAGUACAGGACGAGCCUCAUCAUGAAAGAGCUGAAAAAUGGAAACAUCUCGUUAAGGAUCUCCAACGUGCAGCUGUCUGAUGCAGGGACAUACCGCUGCAUGAGGCUCUGGCAGAACGCCCCCCGGGAGACUACGACUGUGGAGCUUACAGUGGGUUCAGUUUCUGAACCAAAACUUUCAGUGAUUUCAGCCGAGAAUGGAGGAGUGACUCUUCAGUGUGAGGCGGACUGCUGGCUGCCGGAGCCUGAGCUCACGUUUGUGGAUGAUCAGGGAAACAACAUCCCUGCUGAUGCCCCAAAAAGAGAUCAAGAUGCCAGAGGGUGUUACACUGUGACACAAAGAGUGACUCUCCAGCAUCCUACCAACAGGGUCGCCUGCAGAGUUCACCAGCUGCAGAUCAACCAGACCAGGGACACUCAGAUUCUCAUACCAGUUUACUACAGAACUUCCUGCUCUCUACCCAUUGGCAUCGCUGUUGGAGUAACCAUUUUACUUGGCUUAUGUGGGUUAGGCCUAUAUGUGUGUCUACGGAAGAGAUAUGGCAACGGUGCGGAAGGAAAAACCCAGUCUGUGACGAGGCAGUCGUCAGGUCACAGUACAGUCACUGGUACCUCUGGAACUGAACCACUUCUGUGUGUGUGUGUUGACAACGUGGCAAUCAGCAACACUGAGAUGCUGUCAAGAGAGCUGGAUGACAUCAGGUCGAAGCUUCAUGAGAGAGAGGAGACCAUCUGCCAACUACAGAGCGAAGUAAAAUCUCACCGAAGUCCUGUUGUUUGCCAGCUUGACCAGCCAACGUUUGUCUGCAGUCCUGCAGCCUCGGCCGACAGCAAACCUCCAGAAUCUGACAGCUUACCCCAGAAUCAGGGUCCAACGCCGAGCAUCUCACAACCAAACAGUAAUCCAGGCCCAAUCUCUGGAAAGCGUCGCAACAACAGCUGCCCCGCUGUUUUGGACUUUGGUUUUCCAGUGUUCUCUGGUUCUUCUUCAUCAUCUUCAGCCAACACUUCAAAGAAAAGGCUUCGUUCCGUAAGUGAGUCCAGUGCUCAGCCUUGUCCAGACGUUCCCAAGCGCAGACAUUCCUUAACGCUCACAUCAACCCUGAACAAUAACCGCUUCUUCCCACUGGAGAAUUUAACAGAGGAUUCAGAGCUGUUAGUGUCGUGAGGAAAGAGCACAAAGCUAUACACAAUACUUUCCGCCCAGCUAGAUACCACUAGAAAGCGGGGUCUGUUUAUCUUUCUGUGUGAAUUGAUCUGUUGAAACCCUUUCUAAUAUUGCUUGUAAAACAUCGUUUUUUAUAAGAAAAAAAGCUCUCACUGAUCCCUGUUGCUGUUGGAACACCAGAUCAGUUGUGAGGUUCAACUAAUUGCUCAAAACAAGGGCAGGUACAUUUCAUAAUUUUUAUUUUAGACUUGUUUUUUAUUAUUAGUGAGGUUUAGAGGCAUACCUUCCAACAUUCCCGUUUUUCCUGGCUGUCACCCAUUUUGUUGUUUCUCCUGGGAAACUCUAGUAAUUUGCCCUCAAACUUUAUUAUGAAGAAUCAUUAUACAAGAAUCCAAGUUUUGGAUGUUUGUCUGACACCCAAGUCGCCAGAUCAACUAUGCAACUCAAUUUAAACACACACUCCACACACUAUAUGCAAUUUCAAACCAUCUGUCACUGCAACGUGUCAACCCACAAUCCAAGGGCCUCUCUGUGCAGGCAGAUGUGCCAGCCAAUGUUACAUUUACACAAGCUCUUUAACAUACAGCCAAUCCGGUUCCUACAAAUAGAUGCUAACAGAGUCGACAAAGGUGUGUUAAAUUCUCAGCCAAAUUCAUAGUGUAAUAUGUGUAGUAUGUGUAUAUUAUCCGUGCUGAAGGUCGCUCUUUUAGGUACUGUCUGUGAAAACAAAUCUCCUCCAUCAAGGAAAUAAUGAUGGAAUCUGAAAUAUACCAACUAGUUAGUGCCAUGCUUUAUGUAAAAGAGCCCAGCCUGUGCAAGAAAAGGACUUUAAACCUGCAGGUUGUUACACAGCGUCUUUGUGGACCUUAUGACACUGCAGGUUGUCAACAUAAAUCGCUGGAGGUGGCGCACACAGGAAAAGAAGGGAAAAGUAUUUUUUGUCUUCCUGAAAACGCUCAGGGUUGUACCCCAUGCACAUAAACUUUAUUUAAAAAUGUCUUGCAGGUUGUAUUAAAUUAAGAUUCGAUUUCUUGGAUUGUAUGUGGGUGCUUUUUAUUUAAAAUUACUUUGUACUUUGUUUAUUGAAUCUUAAUUUAAUUCAAAUUAUUUUAUGUUGUGUACAUGAUGUAUAUAGGAAUAGAAAUUUUUAUAUAUUUUUUAAAGCUGUUCUUUUUAUUUCCACUACCCUGUGUCAAUAAAUAAAGCAGUUUAUUU